AAAAGUCGUGCCAAUUCAUUCUAAAUUCAGCUUUCCAGGCGAGAGCAAGUCAGCCCCCACAUUCGUCUGCUCAUUUUCGAAAGGAUAUGCCCCGUCAACGCUCGGAAAGUCCGCGAUCCACAGGAUCGAUGCGCCGCCAAAGCAGUCGGAGCAGCCAUGUCUUCGCCACCAAGACGCCACGUGGCAGCAGCAAGGAUCUGCCGGCAGUGCAGCAGCCCAAGAAGGAAUCCCUGCCAGCUGCAGCUCCUGCUGCCUCGGCAGCGCCCUCCACAGAGGCAAAGGGUCCCACGGCAGGUGAAAGGUUCAAGGACAUGGCCACCACCGCUGCUGGCGUGGCAGCAGGAUCGGCUGUGGGUCACGCUGUGGGCGCAGGACUCACCGGAAUGUUCCAGGGGCGUGGUCAGGCCGCAGCCCCGGCAAAGGAGCAGCCUCAGCAGGAGGCUGCGCCAUCGGCAGCUCGAUCUCAACUGGUGGAGGAUGGACCCUGCGCCUUCGAGCUGAGGCAGUUCCUCAAGUGCACCGAGGACAACAGUGGGGAUCUCUCCGCUUGCAGGGAGUUCAACGAGGCAAUGCAGCAGUGUCGGCGGCGCUACAACGUCUGAGACUCAAUGCAAAGGUGAUCCGGAUCAGAGAAGCUAAUCACAGAGUUAUUCUAGCACAUAUAUAUUGAUAUAGCGAUAUAUGGCUACCUGAAAAUAGACAUUUUUCGAAAAAUACAGCAUAUUACGGUGCAAAUUCAAAAAUGCAAACUUUUUUACACCCGUAGAAACGUUCUAAACAAUCGCCAAUCGAUUCUGAAAAAUUUGAAUUUUUUUCGAUUUUUGCAAAAAAUGAUGAUGGUACCCCUUACAAAAAAGUCAAAAUUUUGAAAAAAAAUUUUUUUCUAAAAUUUUAAAAUUAUGAUUGCUGAAGUCAAGAAAUGAAAAAAAAAUGCAUUCCCCGACUUUGGAGGUCGAGUUUGUGAAAUUAGAGGCCAAAAUGUCUUCGGAAAACGGAAAAUACACAUAUUGUUAUUCCCAACUAAAUUAUGAUAUUCCUCGUUGCUUUUUGUGCCUCGGAUUGGUGCCAUUUUUCAAUUUCGAUUAACAAUUUGAGCAAUUGCCUUCAAUUUUUUACAAGGACCCCUUCAGCGGGGCAGAAAGCGUCUUCGGAAGGAGAAGGAAAUUAAUUGGCAUUAUGCGGGCAGCCAUCAACCAGAACGCAGAUCCAUCCAACUCAUCCCCGAGCUGCAGGCCAUCCAUCUUGCUUGCGAAACAUUAUUGAUGUUGAUUGAUAUAUAAACAGUGGCUGGUACCGAACCGAAAGAGUAGAAAGUAGGGCCGAUUAAGUUGUAGCCAAAACAAUAAACAACAUGAAAUAAG